AUUGUACUUCCGGGAUGCUGACCGGAGGUAAAUGAGAAUUAUAACACAGGGUCAUGCGAUAACUGAAAAUAAGUGGAGAGUACACAUUUACUCAACCAAGCGGGAUACAUUUAAAGGCCUGGUUAUUGUGAUUUUUGUCUGCUAUUCUACAGAACAAGCCCACCCACUAAAACCAGAUGUCUUAUUGCAAGACUUGCCAGUUGAAAUGUAACAACAAUAUGCAAUUAAAGUCCCAUUUGAAGGGAGCUAAACACAGAGCGAGAGUGGAAGCGAUUGCUAAGAAUGUGCAAAAAUGGAGGUCUCUGGAGCAGUACCUUAAAAAUACCAAACUUAAUGAGCCUGUGAUUGGUCUGCAGUAUGUGGCUGAGUUCCGUAGUCCCAAUGACGAGCUGCCUCCACAUUACUUGUGCAAGCUGUGUAAAGUCAAAGCAAAGCAGCUAGGCUUUGUUACUCACAUCACUGGCUGGAAACAUCGCUACAAUUACAUGAAAAAGAAGCAUGCUGAUAUGGUACCGUUUGAUGAAACGCAAGUCAAGGACGCGAGAAUGCACAAGACAAUUAAAGAAAAGGCAGAGCUUGUUGAGCAUUUGGAAGGAAGGGGUGAAAUCGAGGUUGUGAUAGAGGAUUUGAAAGAAGAUCCAGCUUUAAAGAGACCAAAAACUGAACCAGACACAAGGAAGACAGCAACAAAGAUCCCUCGCAUGGAUAUGUCAAGAGCUCAGCUUAAAGGUGGGAGAUUUCCUAAUGAUGGCCCACCGGGAAGGCACCAGGAUGACUUUCGACGAGGAUUGCACCCAGGUGACUUUCCAGGUGGAUUGCACCCAGACCAUUUUCCCAGGCAGAUGCGUCCCAGAGAUUUUCCCAGUGAUUUUCACACUAGAAUGCCCAGUGAAGAUAUUCCUGCUGGGAUGCAAGAUGAGGCUUUUCCAAGUAUGGGGUACCUAGAUGACCCUGGAAGAAGAUAUCCUGAUGAAUUUCCUAGUGGAAGGUACCCUGAAGGCAGCCCUCUUAGAGCGGAGAGGGUGAGGUUGGAAAUGAGCAACUUUGAAAAUAGAUGCUCUGACAUGAGAAGUGAGUUUGAAAUGCACCUCACCAGAAGACAAGGAAUGGAUCGCAUGGCUCCAAUGGAGGAUGAAGGUGUCUACACCAGAGGCUGUGAAAGUGGCUUGGCAAGUUCGGCAGUUUUUGAAUGCCUGGAAAACUUCCAUAUAGAAACUGAGGGAGAUGCACAGAUGGUUCUGAAGAUCACACAGAAACUGACUGACAUACUGAUGGAGUAUCGGCUGAGAAAUGUUGCAGCACCUAAAAGCAGUGAACAGCACUCUGAUGCUCAGGAAUAUCCUUCGAUGAGCAUGUCUAGGGGAGAUGGCUAUCUAAGAGGUCCAUCCAGAUAUCCUGAUGAAUUCUCGCCUGCCUCCAGGAACACGUUAGGGAGGUCCCUGUUCUGAUUGGACAGAAUCAGAAACAGGUACAUUGGCAAGAUGUCCCGUAGGGGCUGUGGAACCCCCCAAAAUGUUCAGUUUACAGCCAAUGCAGAAUGGGGUUUUGUUGCUCUAUAGUAGAAUAUCCAUUUCCAAUCAGCAGAAAUGCGGAUGAAAACUACAACUCACAUCAUCCACACGUCAACAACAUUAAAUUUGUCCUACUGUUAUGAUGGAUUUUUUUUUUUUUUUCCUGGUCACUUUUAAAAAUCUCUCUCAGAAACCAAAUUAUGCAAUUGCCAUUAUUCAACACUUCACUCAUAAUCGAGCACACGGCUGUCCGACUGUGGAAAAAGGGGCAACAAACAAACAAACAAACAAACACGGGUGUCUACACCUUUUUAGGAGCUACUUGACAUGAUACAUGAAAUGCACUGCUUGUCAAGAAAACUGAAUAUUUUUAAUGCAGAACUGUAUAUUGUUAUCAUGAAAUGCCAUUAAAAUGUUAAGCUACUA